AUGCUGUCAUCCCCAGAGGCGCCUGGCCGGGACCGCCUAGCUCGUACACAUGGCCUCGCUCUCCGAGGUGGCGUCAGCAUCCAUUCAAUACCCCACCGGGGAUGUCUAUCCGCUAACAUCGAGUUCGGCAAGAGCAUGUCAGCCUUGGCCGGCUACUGUUUUGACAUUCGUUACCCGCUCCUGCAGACGACUUCACCACCGCGCGGUGAGCACCCAGAGAAGCUUGGGGAAUCUCUAGCUGGUGUACAAUCUGGUACACACAAGAGACAAGCCGAUAGCCUCGAUUAA